UUUCCUUUUACCCACAUUCUCGCUUUUCUUUCACCUCAAGAAAGAGAUACUCUCACCACCACCGCCAUCGGAAAAUUAACGUUAAUCUCACUCGAAAUUCUCACCAAUUUACUAGUUUAAGCAGCAGAAGAAGAUGUUGAGGUUUUUAAGGAGGCAAGAUGCCGCUCUUGCACAGUUUUUGAGGUCUACUGUAUUACCAUCUAGAAAUUACUCUGCAGCUUCAGUUAACCAGAUGACGGUAAGAGAUGCGUUGAAUUCGGCGUUGGACGAGGAAAUGUCCGCCGAUCGUAGCGUCUUCCUGUUGGGGGAAGAGAUCGGUGAGUAUCAAGGUGCUUAUAAGGUCACCAAGGGACUCUUACAGAAGUACGGUCCGGACAGAGUGGUCGAUACCCCUAUAACAGAGGCCGGCUUCACUGGACUCGGCGCCGGCGCCGCGUACUAUGGACUUAGACCCGUCGUCGAAUUUAUGACAUUUAACUUCGCAAUGCAGGCAAUUGAUCAAAUUAUUAACUCGUCGGCUAAGACAAAUUACAUGUCCGCCGGCAACAUAAGUGUGCCUAUUGUUUUCCGAGGGCCGAAUGGCGCGGCUGCCGGUGUAGCCGCCCAGCAUUCGCAGUGUUAUGCUCCAUGGUACGGUGCAGUCCCGGGAUUAAAAGUGCUUUCCCCGUACUCAUCCGAGGAUGCACGCGGACUUCUCAAGGCCGCCAUCCGGGACCCCGACCCUGUGGUAUUCCUUGAAAACGAACUCUUGUAUGGUGAAUCUUUCCCGGUAUCCGCGGAAGUUCUCGAUUCGAGCUUCUCUGUCCCGAUUGGGAAAGCUAAGAUUGAGAGAGACGGAAAGGAUGUGUCCAUUGUGGCCUUCUCGAAAAUGGUUGGCUUUUCUCUGCAGGCCGCCGAUAUACUUGCAAAGGAAGGAAUAGAUGCCGAGGUUGUAAAUUUACGGUCCAUAAGGCCGAUGGAUAGAUCCACAAUCAACGCCUCGGUGAGAAAAACCAAUAGGCUUGUGACGGUCGAAGAAGGGUAUCCCCAACACGGUGUCGGCGCCGAGAUCUGCGCAUCCAUCGCCGAGGAUAGCUUCGACUAUCUCGAUUCUCCGGUUGAGCGAAUAACCGGGGCGGAUGUCCCAAUGCCUUACGCGGCCAACCUCGAGCGAAUGGCGCUCCCGCAGGUUGAAGACAUUGUCCGCGCCGCCAAGCGGGCAUGCUACAUGUCCGGUUAAGGUUUAAUGUUUUCCGGAGCCGGCUUGCCCGGGCCGGGCUAUCCCGGGGAGGCCCAAUUGGGCAACUGAUCGACACUUGGGAUUGUUUAAAGGAUUUGUGACAUUUUUAGCAGAUGAAUAAUUGAUGAGGUUAAGGUUCAAAAUUUCAAAUGCAGUAUGUCUCUGUGUGUGUAUCUUUUUUGCUGGGAGAGUUCCGACAGUAGUAGCAUUAUUAUUGGGUUUGACUUUGAAGCUAAUAGUCAACUACUGGGUGUGUUUGUUUGGGGAUUGAAUUUUAAAUACAUUAUUC